AUGGCCAGCGCAGAGAGGGCUAGACAGCAGAGAGAACAAAAGCUGUUCAUGGCGACGCUCGGUGUGGGCGCUACUGGUGCGCUUCUGACAGCAGUUGCGAUCGCACACCGGCGGGCAGCCAAGACGGCCAGGAUCGCUGGCGACAACAUGACAGCCAACGUCGCCAUGAAGGCAUUUGGGCUAGGCACGCUGUAUGCAUUCUCUGUGGUUGGCUUUGGCACAGCGCUGGGCAACUACUACCUGAAAUCGACAGAGGUGCAGUCCACGACUUUGUUUUCGGAGCGCAUGCGCAACGGCAUGAAGCAGAUGCUCGGAGCAUCAAUGAAGGAGCGCAUGGGGAUUAGCGAUAAGGACGAGGAGGAGGAGCUGCGGCGGAUGGACGACAAGCUUUUCGAGCGAGACGAGGUGACGGGCAAGCCGAAGAUCAGGUUUGCGAGGAUAAAGUCGAUGGUUGGGUCGGACGACACGGCGGAGGCAGAUGCGGACGGACCAGCAAAGAAGCGCAUGUCGCUUGGUGCCCGGAUGCGCGCGGCGCUUGGCUACGGAAAGAAGCCAAAGGAGGAGUCGGCAGGGGAUAGCACAGAUGCUCGGCCCGAGCAGCAGUAG